AUGGACUUUUCAACAUGGCGCACGUCGUCCAACCUCUCCCGCGAUAGCGAAGCUGCCGAGACGCUCGAAAUCCGCCUCCAAGAACUCACCAAUAUCCUCAGCGAUGAGAGCCGACGUCCCCUCCCCCAUCCCUGUAUUCAGUACGCCUCAAUCAAACAGAUCUACGUUCCUAUCGGCAAAAUCGCCACCUCCUCCUACAACGAAUGGAUCAUCAAGGAAGCUGUCCUUUUCUUCGCGACGCUCAUCGAAAGCGAAGAAGAGGCCUUUGUUGAGAACCCGACCUUUUCCGGCAGCUUGACCAAUUUGCUCGUACGCAUUACCGGAGUCAAUAGUGUUCGACUCGGCCUGGAUACCGAGUCUCGCGUGGUUGAACUGGCUUUCAACAUCACCACCAAGAUCCGUCUCGACCCCGCGAUACUACCUGCUUGGUUCAAGACGCCCCAGUUUUCGGCGAGCCAAAGCAGCCUCCAGGAUCUCGAUGAGCGGGAGCGAUUUGCUGGUCGAGUGCAGCGAGUGGAUUUCCCGCUGUUCUACAUCCUCAUGGAUUAUAUCCACCACGAGGGGAAAGUGGGAGACUUUGCUCGAACGGGGCUGUUGUAUAUUAUCGAAGCUGCGUCGAGCUCGGCAGCUCUGGAGCAGUGGAUAGUGGAAAGCGACUUGUCUACGCUCAUGGCAACCGGCCUUGGGGCCUUGUACAGUCAGUUGAGUCGCAAGCUGGUCAUUGACCACUUGCCUCAUGAUUUGCCGCCAAUUCUGGCCCUGUCGGACUACGAGCACCCCACGUCCAACUACGAGAUUAUUAGUUCUUGCUCACCCGAGUUUCAGUCGCACUUGGAAACGUUUCUCUCCCAUCUGUUGUUUUGGCAAGACGUCUUGAACCACUGUCGGUCGGUCGAGGUGAAGUCGACUUUGCUGGAACAUUUCCAAGUCAUUUUUCUGCAGCAAUUGCUUUAUCCUUCUCUGCUCGAGUCUUCUGAUAUUGACGGAGGCUCAUCUGUUGCCGUACUGACCUAUCUGCGUCGGAUCCUCGAAUCCCUAGAUCAUCCCGACAUGAUACACCUCAUUCUACACUAUUUGCUGGCUCUUCCGGAUGCUGCGCCGCCUAAUAAGAAGCCUCCGCCAUCGUUAGUCAGUGACGCUCGCAGGCGAAAGUCAAUGGACCUGACAAAGAUGAUGUCGGAGAAGGCAGAGGAGCCGGCAACGCCCCUCCUUUUCAACCUUGUUGACUUGAUUCUAUCCUGCCUGCGAUCACGAAACCAACAGACCAUCCACGUUACCCUGCAACUUGUGUCUGCCAUUUUGAAACGACACCAUCGCUAUGCAGUCUUCACCCUUUUGAGAACAGACGUCCUCCCUAGUCAUACUAAGCACCGUACCGUCGGUGCUCACGAGCAAGAGGUCGACUACCUCGUCCACCUGGCCAUCUCUAUAGGCGGCAGAACCGACUUUGAUGACAUGUAUGCCGGCAUUCUCAAGGAUACGUCGACUCGGCUGGAGAGCCAUCCAUGCUCACUAAGGUUGGUUGCACCGAAAGUGUCAACAAACAACCACAAGUUACCAGACCUGCCAGACAGUCUACCUGGGGCACCGCGGGACGUUCGGGAACACACUCUUCGCCCAGAUGACCCACUGCUCAAUAUCAUGCUGGAUCUUUUGGAGACCUUCUUCGUCAACCCUGUGGAAACGAACUUGUCAGUCACCGAAACGAUUGUUGACCUUGGUAUCUGUGGGUACAUCAGCAUCGAGGGCUGGCUGGCUCGCAACCCCAGUACCUACGUUUAUGCUGAGAGCGUUGAAGAGCUAGAGCGUGGCUAUGAAACAUCUGUAGCGAGCGAGUCUGCCGAACCGCCGGUGCAGCCCAUCGAUGGCGCGCUGAGCGACUCGUUUGACGAGGCUCGGCGUAUGAAGGACAUGGAGCGAUGCAGAACUGCCCCCGCGUGGAAGGAGGCUUCACUGCCACGUGUCCUGAAUGUGCUGAAGCGCCUUUGCGACCAAGUCGCCAAGUAUAAGCACACCAUACCGAGGUUUGACGAGCUUCUCGAGCAGAGGCGGAACGCGUUCCAAACGGCCGAGUCUAUGCUGGACAACCCUCCCUCGGCUUUGCGGAAGGCGUCGCCAAUACGAUCAGGCACUCCGGAGCGCUCUAGUCUGGACGAGACUUUACGCACUACCGGGUCGCCACCGCGGCCUUCCGCUAUAGAAGGAUUCGCGCAGCGUCUCCUUUCGGAGCUGGGAACGCCAAGCAGGUCAGCGAGCCCCAAAGGACGCAAGGAGCAGAACCGAAGCUCCGCGACAUCAACUUCCGGUAGCCAGCCUCCGGCACCAGAGUCAGUCAUGACUCCCAAAGCCAUUCGUGUCCCCCCGAAAGAAUUCCCCAUCAACUACAAUGACCCCAGCAAGAGCGGAACUCGGAGCUUCUCCGCCGGCAGUGUCAGGCCGGAUAUUGGCGCAUCACCUGAGGAGCGAGACGUGAUAGCAGAGAGCCAGGCGUCUGCCUUUGCAGCCAUUGACCAGAGCAUCUUGUCCAGGCGUGUGGGCUUGCCGGAUGAAAAGCUAAAGCCCAUUCCGCUUGAUCUGACCAAGAAGCUGGAAGCUACCGAGGUGGACGAGACAGAGCCCCCCAAACAACAAGAACACGGCAAUGCCACAGGAGCAGAGGCUAUGCCGGAUGCAGUUGAAGAUGUUGCCAAUGGCCAAACGCCAGAGGAGGUGACAGUAUCUGUGUCUCACGUCCUGACCAAUGUCAUUAUUUUCCAGAGCUUUCUGCUUGAACUGGCCAGCCUGUGGCAGACCCGGGCAGGGCUUUUUGACGAAGUAUGCUAUGUAUAG